AUGAAUUUAUACAUUACAUACUCUACUGAGACAGCGCACGACCACCAGAGCGCAGCCGUGGACAGUAUCCUGUACUCGUCCGACUAUUCGUAUCCCAUAACAGACCCCAAGAAGAAAGAGAAUGCGAUCAUAGUCGUGUUGGUGCGGAAUAGAGAAAAGGACCAACUGGUAGAGGUACUGAAGACGUUUGAAAACCGAUUCAAUGCCAAGUACAAGUACCCCUACAUGAUGCUGAAUGACGAACCGUUCUCAGACGAUUUUAAG